CGGAGCAGGCGGGCUGGAGCGCCGCGCACCAGGAAGUGACUGGACCCUGCGACCCCUUCGCGCCAACCACUGGCAUUUUAGUUUGCCACUGCACGUUGGUCUAAGGCCUUAGUGACUCCUAGGGAGUCCCGGGCAUCAAGAGAAGAGUCCUAAUGCACAACCCAAGAUUAUUCCUUUCCAGAGCGGCUUUCUUCUCCAAACCAGGACUGCUUCCCUGGGAUACUGCAAGGCCACCAGAUUUGUCACAGUCCUUAUUGGGCAGAGCAUAUAAAGGGGGUUUCACCAGCGUGAUAGGUAAGAAGCAUCCAAGCAUACAAACAUAUCAGAGGAAACAAAGGCAUUGUAGAGCACGAGAUGACUCCUGGCAGGAGAGGCUGGCUGAUGUUGUGACUCCACUCUGGAGGCUGAGUUAUGAAGCACAACUCAAGGUGAAAUUUGAAGCUCAGAAGAAACUUUUACAAAGCCUAGAGUCUCACCUACAAGUGCUCCAUGGAGUCAGUGACACGGUGGCUGCACCCCAGUCUGAGGGGCUCCGCUGUCUCCUCCAUCCCAUUAUACCCUCCCCUACCACCACUGGCUACCGGAACAAGUCCACCUUUUCCGUGAACCGGAGCCCCGAUGGCAAUCCGAAGACCGUGGGCUAUUACCUAGGUACUUGGAAAGAUGGAAAUGUCGUCUGUGUACCAUGUAGUCAUCUGAAAAACAUCCCAGAGAAACACAGUCAAGUGGCUCAGUACUAUGAAGUAUUCCUUCGACAGUCUUCAGUGGAACCGUGCCUUCUCUUUCAUGAAGGUGGACACUGGCGUGAGCUCAUAGUUCGUACCAAUAGACAAGGACACACAAUGGCUAUUGUCACUUUUCAUCCCCAGGGAUUAAGUGAGGAGGAACUCUGUGUUCAGAAGGUGACCUUAAAGGAUUUUUUCACUAAAGGCCCUGGAGCGGCCUGUGAACUGACCUCACUCUAUUUCCAGGAAAGCACCAUGACCCGUUGCAGCCAUCAGCAGUCCCCCUACCAGCUCUUGUUUGGGGAGCCCCACAUCUUUGAGGAUCUUCUGGGUUUGAAGAUUCGAAUCUCCCCAGAUGCCUUCUUCCAGAUUAAUACUGGGGGGGCAGAGAUGCUGUAUCGGACCAUCGGGGAGCUGAGCGGAGUGAACUCUGAGAGCCUCCUCCUAGACAUUUGCUGUGGCACGGGUGUGAUUGGCCUCUCUCUGGCUCGGCGUGCCUCCCAGGUUCAUGGCAUUGAGCUGGUGGAGCAGGCAGUAGAGGAUGCCAGGUGGACUGCAGCCUUCAAUGGUGUCACCAACUGUGAGUUUCAUGCUGGCAGAGCUGAGACGAUUUUGCCACAGCUGUUAAAGUCACAGAACGAUGAGAAGUUGACUGUUGCUGUGGUGAACCCUGCCCGAGCUGGACUGCAUUACAGAGUGGUGCAAGCCAUUCGGAACUGCAGGGCCAUCCACACUCUAGUGUUUGUUUCCUGCAAGCCCCAUGGUGAAAGCACAAGGAACUUCAUUGAACUAUGCUGUCCUGCAAACUCUGCAAAGAAGCUUCUAGGCGAGCCUUUUGUCCUGAGAGAAGCUGUACCUGUGGAUUUAUUUCCCCACACCCCACACUGUGAGCUGGUACUCCUCUUCACUCGGUAAGACCUGGAGGCUGCAGGCUGAUAAGGCUGAAGUUUCGGAGACACCCAGGUUGCCAUGGGAGACCGAGGAAGCAUCACCAGAAAGACCAAUUUUGAAUCCUGGCCAAAAGAAUUUGACUGGCCUCCUUCUCUGAGGCAGAUUGAACUGUAGUUUGUCCUAGUCCUUUGGGGUUAUCCAUAUUCCCUUAGCUUUGACGGCUCCUAACUCCUUGAACCUGAAUUUGUGUUGCUCCAUCCUCAUGCUGUCAUUCAAUAUACAGUCUUGUCCCCGCCAUGGGAUUCUGCUUUUGUUGUGGGGACAACUGCUUUUUGAGCAGCCGGCAGUAAUUUCAUAUUGACUGGGAUCUGUAUAUUUACUCUGAGAUUUUACCAUUUGCAUAUUUUUUGUUUUUGUUUUUGUUGUUUCAUUUUGUUUUGAAACAGGGUCUCACAUAGUGCACACUAGCCUUGCACUCACAAAAUAACUGAGGUUGACUUCGAAUUUGUAAUCCUUCUGCCUACACUUUGUGAGUGUUGGGAUUGUAGGCAUGUGCCACCACACAUGGCUUUAUGCAGUGAUGGGGAUCAAAGCCAGGGAAGGAUGCAUGUGAGGGAAAACUAUUUAUUAACUGAGCUACAGCCCCAGCCCCUUGCAAAUAUUUUUAGGAAGUAGAACCAAAUCGAGCUUUUUACAAAGUAGAAUAAGAGGCCAGGGAGGUGGCUAGCUGGGUAAAGUGCUAAUUUAUUGCACAUACACACAAGAAGCUGAAUUUGGAUAUCUAGCAUGUAAUAACAAGUACCUGCCUGUUCUUGUGCUGUGAAGUGUAUACAGUGGGAUGCUGAGGGAUUUCCUGGACAGUCAAAUUAGCUAAUAGUGGUUUAAUGAGAGACCCCAUCUCAAAAAAAGAAGAUGAAAACUGAUAGACACCUGAUAUCAACAUCUGUCCUCUACAAGUAUAAUCACACACACACACGUACUACACACAUGCAAUGCAGACAAAGUUAUAUAAUGAUUACAGGGUUGUUGGGCUUUGACUUUGACACUUCUAGAACGUCCUUUCAUGAUGUGGUUAUCUCUUUGACUUUGACACUUCUAGAACGUCCUUUCAUGAUGUGGUUAUCUCUUUGACUUUGACACUUCUAGAACGUCCUUUCGUGAUGUGGUUAUCUCUGGGGCUGGAGAGAUGGCUCAGCGUUCACAAGCAUAUAAUGCUCUUACAGAGUCCCUGAGCUUAAUUCCUAGUAUCCAUGUCAAAUUGCUCAUAAUUGCCUAUGACUCUAUUUCCAGGCGAUCUGAUACCCUCUGCUGAUCUCCAUGGACAUGGUACUUAUAUGCACAAACCCAUACUCACACACAUGCAAAUACACAUAGUUUAAAAAUAAUUAAAAAAAGCAUUAAAGACAAAAUGCGGUUAUCUCUAGGAACAAUAACCCCAUUCAUCUCUUACUGUAGAAGGAGAAUCAGUCAUUAGAGAUACCCAACAGGGUUAAGAAACUCUGAAAGGAAGGACUGAACAGUUAGAUUGUCCUGUGUAUUAUGGAGGAAGGAGUUGUCCUUGAGUACUUGUCUAACAUUGUCUUUUGAAUACUCUAAUGGUCUGAAGACAUGGAAGUUAUGUGUGUUGCCAGAAUUACAAAAUAAUAAUCAGGUCAGCAGGAAGUUUAACUUUUUCUCAGUUCUAAAUGCUUUGAAAGCAGACUGCAUCUCAAAAGAAGCAGUUAAAGCUCAUAUAAAAUGUCCCAAGGCCUGACACUAUAACUGAGGCUAUGGAACACUCACAGAAAGGGACCUAGCAUGACCACACUCCGGAA